AUGGCAGUAGUUUCCUUGAUAGUCUUUUUUGGCGUGGCAUAUCAAGUCAUUCAGCCUCCACCCCCAAGAACAUGUGGUUCACCAGGUGGUCCACCCAUCACAGCACCAAGGAUUAAGCUCAGAGAUGGAAGACAUUUGGCCUACAAGGAACAUGGUGUUCCUAGAGAAGUAGCCAAGAACAAGAUUGUGUUCUUACAUGGGUUUGCUUCUUGCAGACAUGAUACAGUGAUUGCAAAUAACAUUCCCAAGGGACUUCUUGAGGAAUUGGACACAUACAUUGUGUCUUUUGAUAGACCAGGCUAUGGGGAAAGUGAUCCUCAUCCUAAUCGAACUGUAAAAAGUUUGGCUCUUGAUGUUGAAGAGCUUGCAGAUAAGCUGAAAUUGGGAUCCAAGUUUUAUGUCAUGGGAUUUUCUAUGGGAGGACAGGCUGUUUGGGGUUGCCUUAAGUUCAUUCCUCACAGACUUGCAGGGGCGACACUAAUAACUCCAGUUACCAACUACUGGUGGCGUUGCUUUCCUUCAAACUUGACCACAUUGGCUUACUAUAAGCAACCUGUACGAGACCAAUGGGCACUUCGAGUUGCUCAUUAUAUACCACAGCUAGCAUAUUGGUGGUUCACUCAGAAGUGGUUUCCUUCCUCAAGUGUUGUCCAACGCAACCUUGCUGUUUUCUCACCCCAGGAUUUAUCACUCAUUUUCAAGUUAGCUAACAGAGAACAUCAGUCACAGGUGCAGCAGCAAGGUGAUUUUGAAUCCAUCGUCCGUGAUGCAAUGAUUGGAUUUGGAACUUGGGAUUUUCAUCCUCUUGAUAUUGAUAAACCUUUCCCAAAUAAUACAGGCCACGUUCAUCUAUGGCAAGGUGAUGACGAUAAGCUUGUCCCUGUUAUGCUGCAACGCUAUAUUGUUAAAAAAAUUCCAUGGAUUCAAUAUCAUGAAUUGAAAGGUGCUGGACACAUGUUUCCAUACUUGGAGGAAAUUAGUGCAGCUAUCCUCAAAGCACAGUUAUUGGAUGAAAAUGAGUGA